ACUGACCCUACUGGAAACUAACUGCAGCUGUAGCAGCGCUAUGAAUGGAAUUAUGGCGGCUGAAAGUGUGACGUCCUCCCCAGUGCCGAGAAAGGAGAAACUACCGUCUGCCACCAAGACCCCCCAGCCUCAGAAGGUGGAAAAGGGACUGAAGAGGAAGCUGUUUAAUCAGGGAACACAGGAAGAGGAAGACAAGAAAACUACCCCAAAGAGAAAGAAACCUGGGUCGAUAGAUGGGUCUCCUCACCCUACACCCCCUGGCUUGGCCAAGAUUACCCCAGGGAUGGGAACUCCCAAGACCCCAGGGAGUGUCCCCCGCCUCACAGUUCCUCUGUCAGAGCGCCAGCAGAUGGCGUUGCUGAUGCAGAUGACGGCCGAAUCUGAAGAGUCCUCAUCCAAGCCCAACUCCCCCCAGAGUGUCACUCCCAUUGGUAAAAAGACACCUUUGGACAGAAAAGUCAAUAAAAGAAACGAACGCGGAGAAACACCACUCCAUCUGGCGGCCAUAAGAGGCGAUGUCAAGCAGAUUAAGAAGCUUAUCAAAGCUGGGGCUGACGUUAAUAUUGUGGAUUAUGCAGGAUGGACUCCGCUCCAUGAAGCCUGCAACCAUGGUCAUGUGGACAUAGCCAAGCAACUGCUCAAGGCAGGUGCGAACGUCAACGUGCAAGGACUAGACAACGACACUCCGCUUCACGACGCCUCCAUUAAUGGGCAUAGAAAGCUGGUAGAGUUGCUCAUACGACACGGUGCCAAUCCGCUGCAGCCGAACACACAUGGAAAACGGCCAAUAGAUGUCGCUGCAGCACCAGAGAUCUUACAAAUUCUACAGAAGGAAAUAAUUGCUUCUAGCAGCGACAGUUCAAGUCUUGAAAUAAGGUCUCCUACUUCACCAGAAAGUGUCACUUCAGAUAAGGAAGAUCAUAUUGGUCUGGACACAUAUGAAAAUAAUGGACCAGAUUCCCACUUGGCAGCCAAACAAAACAGACUCUUUGAUAAAUCCUCCCCGAGGUUAACGCUAAAAUUCCAACACAUAAAAAGCAAAGGUGAUAUGUCGUACAGCGUCAAAAUGGACAUGGGCGAGGAAGGAGGUGAGGAGAGGAAACUGACGGGGGUCUCUGGCAAAGUGUCACCAGCCAAAAGGAGGGUGUCACGAUCAUCUAGUUCAGACAGUGACUUGUACAAUCCACAUCUGGAUAUUGUCUCUUCUUCUUCUUCUUCUUCUAAAGACCCCACGUCAAAUGUAACUAAUAGGGACUCGUAUGGGAAAAUCCAUCAUAAAGACACUAGUAGACUUUCAAUGGCGGCCAUGGCUCGUCAUGGCUCUGAGACCAAAGCAGCACCAUCUUUUGGCCAGAGUAAAGACUCUGCUGGAGGUCCAGUGGCAUUUAAUCCACUUGUGAACAAGGACUACCCUGCAAAGGAAAUGAAACCAACUAUUCAUGAAAGAAUGGGAUUAUUUUCACACAGUCGACAAAUACAGUCGCAGCAACAUCAGCAGCAGCAGCCAGAAAAGGAUCCUUACGCGCCAGAAUUUGAGGAUAUAAGUGAUACCGAGGAAUUGACUAGUCUGGAAAAAAUGAGAAGUUCAAUGCGUGACUCUCGUGAGAAAGACGCUUCGUCUUCUUAUCAUCAGCAACAGCCGCCUCAACAUCAGGCGGAGUCCUCAUCUUCAAAUAUGGCCGAUUUAUACAUUCCACAUUCAAUAGGAAAUAAUGAUAAGAAAUCAGAGGUGGGUUUCCUCAAUAAUAAGGCUGAGCGUGAGCAAGCUGGCUUCUUUAAAACUUUUAAAACUGAGAAAACAGUUGAUUCAUCAAGUAUUAGUAGUAAAAACAAACUUCAUGAUAAAUCAGAACUUGGUGGCACCUCAGUUGCAACUAAGGUCAGCAAGGUUGAAAAAUCAGAAGCUGUAGUGAGUAGAGCGAUUAAGAAUGAUUCUAGAGGAAGAUCAGGUUCUUUCGGAACUACAGAAAGUAGUCGGACUAAAGAAAGAAAUAUGAGAGAAAGUGAUAAGUACAAGGGAAGUUCGCCAAAGGAUAAAUUCCUACCUGACAGUACAAGUGAAAAACAUAGAAACCUCUCACCCUUACAUCUUCAGAUAUCUCCAUCAGAGAGGAUUUCAGAACAGCAGCAAGAUGGACGUAAAAAUUCCUCGCCUCCUUCGACAGAAAUGUCUAGGAGCACGUCUCCAUCAGUUAAAGCUGAAAAUCGAAAACUCUCAUCGCCAACUGAAAAAGGAAACCGAGUUUCACCAAAAUUGGACAAUAUUACAAAAGAGGCCAUGUCAACCUCGCCCACUGGCUCUUCUCCAAGAAGCGACAGAAAUUCCCCAAAAAGUUCUUCAGAUAAAGACUCGCCCAAGUUAAAAGUACCCCCAUUGAAAAUCAUCAUUCCCCAAAAGACUCCGCCUGCAUCGGGUGGAGAGGGUGAUCUGAAACGCCUUCUGAGUAAACCGUUUCUGCCGUACGUAGUUAACCCUACGCAGGAGUCAAUGGAGAUUGACGAGGCAGCCGGCGAGACUAUUAAUGUCACCGCACCUGUGUCAGGUAGUCAGGGGGCAGGGAACAACACGACAACGACAACAGCAACGGUAAAUGUAGACCAAUCCAUGCAGCAGCUACAACAACAACAACAACAACAACAACAACAUCAUCAGAAAGAACAACAGCAAAUUCUGUCACAGCCUGUGACAAGAAACUCCCCCACAUCCUCAAUCUAUAUAGUGGGCGGCCCUGAGUCAUCAGCUGAGGUUAAUCCUGAAGGAACAGAAAAGCAGCUACAGCAGCCAAGAGCAGCCCCUACUAUCACAACUACAUCUACUUCUAGUACAACUUCAAGGACUGAAAAAGACAUGGAGAUUACUCCAUGUGUGGUUUCCAACACGGCCAUCUCUGGGACAAAUCUUACCACCACCAACACUCGUUCCAAGAGGGACAAAGAUAAAGAUGGAAACUCCGCCAAAUCGGGCGACUCUGGCUCUGUUAAGAGCGAGGGGAGCAGAAAGAGUGAAAAAGAGGACAGUAAGGGCAAGGAAAAAGAGAAAGAAGGGACCAGUAAGGAUAAUAACAACAAGGAGGAGGAGGCGGAAGACAUUAAGCCCACAAGGACACUGAGGUCACAUACGGCAGCUCAACAGCAGCAGCAGCAGCAACAACAGCAGCAGCAGAAUGAGAAACCAUCACAGGCAUCUCAGAACGGUGACAGCAGUUCCCAAGACAACCAGUCCAAGUCUGAGAUAGAAUACAUCCACCCCAGAAAGAGAAAAUUACGGCCCCGCCCCGAUCCCCCACCCCAGACGGAACCUGUGGCCAUCCCCCCUCCCACCUCCAUGGAGAAGCCAGUGAAUCCAUACCAGCUUUAUCUACAAAUUAGAAAACAGAUUGCCAAACGAAGAGAACACAUGUUUGUUGUUCAGCCUAAGGCACCCCAAGGUUUCCAUGACUAUUUGCUGAGCAACCGAAAUUACAUGAUCAAAGAGAAAGUCAAGCUUUCAGUGCCAACGCUCUCUCCUGCUGCCCCUUCAGCCACUGUGACAGCGAAACCAGAGCCAAUGAAGCAAAAUAUAGAAAAGUUGUCUCCUCCAAACUCUAUAGAAGCGCCAAUGAAGUCCAUGUUUGAGGACCAGGAGAAAGAAAGAUAUAGACUACGGUUACAGCAUCUUAUAGAAAGAGAGAAGCUGAUGUUGUCCAUUGAGCAGGAAAGGAUACGGGCGCACGGCAGGGCGGCCAGAGCCAUGGCCAAUCAGAGCGUCCCUCUCAGUGCCUGUACUAUUCUCCGCGAUGAGGACGUCUAUUACAUGCUGGAUGCUGAGCAGGAAGAGAAAGAUAAGACAUCAAGAGCCAGAUACACUGGACGCCAGUUAAUUUCUUGGCUGCAAGAUGUGGAUGAUAAAUAUGAAAAAGUAAAGGAGGCGCUGCUGUCGCGGCACCAUCACGAGGCGGAGUCCCUGUACGCUGUGCAGAAGAUGGACUGGGAGUUAAAACUGAUGGAGUGUGGACUCUGCGACAACAAAAAGCGUCCGAGUAUUGACGAGCUACAUGUGCCAAUGGUCCAAGUGAAUGACGAUUUUGAUCUUUUGCCAGCGUGACAGAUGCAUGCACAGGGAAAGGGAUGUUUUUUAGAUGUCCAGUUACUACUAUAUUGAUGAGUCGGGCUGCGAGGAAAUGCUGAUGUUAGCAGGGGGAAGACUUGUGAAAGAUUGAAGCUGAAAAAUGAAUGCCUUGACAGCGUUUUAACAGUGUGAGCUUAAACUGUGAUGGGGAAAUAAAGUCCGCCAUGGGUUCUGUCUGUGAGGCUUAGCAAGACACGUUGACAGAAAUG